CCAUCGAGUGUGACGUAAUCGCUCAUCAUUUUAUGUAAAAAAAAAACUGUCAGUCUUGUAUGCCAGUACCGGUUUAUAUUUGAAGCGGUACGCACGCUUCUUUCUGAAUUCAAAUAUAAUCUGAAAUUAUAAACCAGCCAAAACAAAAUGGCAUCAUCAUCUCAAACGCAAUUGCCUUCAACCGAAGAGCAAUUCGACGAUGAAAAUUUCAAACCACAUCUUGAAGAGUUGGAAAAAGCUAAGACAGACCAAGAGUUGGAUGAGAAACUAAGUGGCAUGUCGAAAAUCGGUCUUUCGAUUUCUGGCUGGAUGAAGUAUGUGUUCAAUAGAGAUACUAGUCGUGAGGAGUUUAAUGCUGUUUGGUUGACGAUAGACGAGUACAUAGCCUCAGCCGAGGCGGGUCUGCAAGCGGCGUGGCGGGUGGUGGCGUCCCCGAACUGGAGGGUGGAGAAGAAAGGCUCCAAGGGGGACAUCGUGGAGUCCACGCAGACGCAGCGCUUCGGCAAGGUGUACCGGUUCACGGGCAUAGUGGAUUGUCCAGCGAAGUUCCUGUACGAAGAGUUCAAGAACAAUAUCACGAGGCUACCCGAGUGGAACCCCACCAUAUUGAAGAGUGACCUUAUAAAGCAAAUAGCAGACGGCAUCGACCUAUCCUACCAAGUAACUGCGGGCGGCGGCCGCGGCAUCAUAGCGCCACGAGACUUCGUCAUCCUGCGGCGGUGCGCGCCCGUCGACAGCGAGGGACAAGUCAUCCCAGAGGGACAAGCGGACCCGCACUGCUACAUGUGCAGUGGCACCAGUGUGGACGUUCCUGGGUACCCGCCGCACAGGGAUAUGGUCAGAGGCCACAACAAGGUGGGUUGCUGGUGCCUCAAGCCCACCAUGGUGAAGACGUCUUCGGGGAAACUUGAAGAGAAAACUGUCUUCCAGUGGCUCAUGUGCUGCGAUCUAAAAGGUAAAAUCCCCCAGUUCGUGCUAGACACGGCGUUCGCGACCGUGAUGUUGGACUACAUCGUGCACGUGAGGAAACACGUCGCCGACGCCAAAGCUAAGGGACUAGUCAAGUAGAUAGCUUAGCUGUAGUGCGAGUUUUGUCACUGUUUGAGCUUUGAGAAGUAAGAAAAAAAGUUUAAAGUCAGAGGCCUUUGGGUAGCUUGGAAACAUCUAACAGUCGGGUUGCCCACUUACCCGACAACUCUCUCAGCACAAGCUUGCUUGUGUUGGGGUCCACCAACCCGCACUAGCCCAGCGUGGUGGACUAGGCCUAACCCUUCCUUCAUUGGAAGGAGACCCGUGCCCCAGCAGUAGGAACGUGAUAGGUCGUGAUGAACCGAGUCAAACUGAACAUUAAUUCAAUGAAUUACUCACUUACUCACAUAGUUAGGUAAUUUUUAUAUAUUUUUUUCUUCAAAAAGCGGUAUCUUGUCAAACAAAAUUAUAAGUUCCACUUUAGUAUGGUGCUUUUUACAACUAUGUGGUGACUCUCAUUGAACUAAUAUUACUAGUACAUUAUACUUCAAUGUUGACCGUUUAAUAUUUUUUUGCGUUUACUUUUCACUGCUCGAACGGUGUAAAAACUUGCACUCAGCGUGCAGACGGCGGCAUCAUUGUGUUGAACGUUUCUUUAUACCAGUUAAAGAUCAACAGUAAGUUUUCCAGUUUGUUUAUUGAUAUAACAAAUCUGAGCCAUCUAUGAGCUCAUAGAUUAAUUUUCAUCUAUGUCAGAAAGAAAUGGAUAGUACAAUCCAACUAUAAAGUCGUGAAAACGGAAGUUGAUCCUAACUUAUUGUUUAAGAUCGUAUUUAAUCGAUCUGUUAUAUUUAUUAAAGAAUAAAUCCGUUAAAAAUCCAUAGUCAAUCGGUAUUUUAUUUUUAAAAUGUAUGUAAAUGUAAGUAAGGAUGAUCAUAAAAAGUCUUAGCAAAAUCGCACUCUUUGAUGUCAGGACUUUAUAGUUUGACUGUAUUUAAAAGUCAUAUUUUGAUAUUGACGACUGAGACAACAAUUUUAUUCAUUAUUUAAUGAUUUUACAGAUUCACUUAGUUUUUUUAGAAUAAUAUAAUAGUUUUUUUUAAACUAAACUCAACGUUCAAGAAAACGGCCGCUCUCUGCAACUCACUUUAAUGAAAUUAAGACUCACUAUAACUAUGUGAUUUAUUAAGAUUUAUGUAAAAGUGUAUUAGAUAAUAAGUAAAUAGGUAGGAUACCCAAAUUCAUAUAACGAAGUCAGUUCACAAGACUUACAAGGGUCAUCGUGGUAAGUACCAGAAUUUGGACUUUCUCUCUAAACAAAGUCAAAUGUUUUUAUUCAUCGUAUAAAUAUAACAUUUUCUGAUGAAUGUCAAUUUUUACAAACUACUCUCCGUUCGGAUAAGGGGCUCUCUCUGUCAAAAACAGUCGAAAUCCUAGUAUCACGAUGACGCUUGUAAGAUUCUUGAAAACUGACAGUUUCUUUCUAUGAAUUCGUUUUUUAUUGCAUAUUUUUACGUUUAGUGGAUCAGUGCAUUUUGAUAUGAUCCUUAAAAAACAUGAGCUAAUGUGUAGACCGUAUGACAAACAAUUAUAACGUCUCGAUUAAUGAUAUUUUAUAACAAUUGCAUUUGUAGUGUUUAUAUACCCAGACUUGAAUACAAAUAAUUUAAAACUU